AUGAAGAAGAGAAGAAGGGUUCCUGUUGAAGACAUCCCCUCUGGUUCACAAAAGAAGGCCAAAUCCACUAUGGAUGUGAAGAGCAAAGGUAAACAAAAGGCUGUGGAUUCCUCACACAAGAAGGUAAAGAAAACUACUGAGAAGAAGAAAAUUCCAAGGAUUGAGUUGGAAUCUGAGUCUGAUGUUGAAGUCGAUGUUCAGGACAUUCAGACUUUUGAAAAGAAGAAAUUCUCAGGUAAGCGAAUUCCUUCAGAUGUUCCUUCUUUUCCUAUUGAUAAUGUUUCCUUUCAUGCUGCUGAGAAUGUUCUCAAGUGGAAAUAUGUUUGCAACCGCCGGAUUGCAAAAGAAAGGGAGAUUGGCAAGGAUGUGCUUGAGUGUAAGAUGAUUGUUGCUCUCAUUGACCGGGCUGGUCUAAGGAAGACAGUCAUGGAUAUUGGAAAAUGUUAUGAGAAGCUAGUGAAAGAGUUCCUAGUUAAUUUGACAGAUGAUGUUGGCAUUCCUGGAAGUGCUGAAUUCAGGAAAGUUUAUGUGCGAGGGAAAUGUGUAACUUUUUCUCCUGUUGUGAUCAACCAAGCCCUUGGAAGAAGUGUUGUGGAGUUUGUUGAGGAAGAAUUGUCUUUGGACAUGGUUGCCAAUGAACUCACUGCUGGACAAGUGAAGAAGUGGCCUGCUAAGAAGCUUUUAUCUACAGGAUUAUUGAGUGUGAAGUAUGCUAUUCUGAACAGGAUAGGAGUGGUGAAUUGGAUCCCUUCUCAUCAUACCUCUGCUGUCUCUGCAAUUUUAGCCAAACUAAUCUACAGAAUUGGGACUGAGGUGCCUUUUGAUUUUGGCUCUUUGGUUUUUGCUCAAACUUUGAAACAUGCAGAAACUUGUGCUGUAAAGCUGCCUAUUUCUUUUCCUUCACUCUUGACUGCUAUCAUCCUGAAGCAGCAUCCUGAUAUACUCAGAAUGGAUGAUGUGGCUUUUCCUAAGGGUACCCUCAUCACUUUGGAUCGUCGCUUGUUCCUGGAUCCUCAUGUCCUGGACAUUGAUAUGCCAUCUCACAGGACAUCAAUUCCUGUUUCAAUGUCUGCUUCUGGAACUUAG